CGUCAACACAACCAAUAUGUCUUGGCCUCGAUCGCAACUUCUGGAGAUUGGUGAUCAAACGUGGUGCCCUUCUUGGCUUCACCAACAUGAACAAUUUUCUCUCACUCGAUUGUGGAAUCUUAAAGUACCCGGAUGGAGUCGCGGAAGUCUGGCGACGCAGGCAUGUGCAGUCGUCGAGGAGCAUCUGCAAGAUCUUUCUUCGUACACGAUAUUGGACAUUUGCGCCGGUGCUGGUGGUCCUACCCCAGUGCUCGAAUCCGAACUCAAUGGCAAGCUUGAGUCUGAAGGCAAGAAACCCGUUCAGUUCAUUCUGAGUGAUCUCUAUCCCCACCACGAAGAAUGGAGUCGGAUCUCGAAGAAGCAGCAAAAUGUGACGUAUAUUGAGGAACCGGUCGAUGCGCGAGCUGCCCCUCGAUUUGCAGCGAAAGGCAUGAAAGAGUGUCGCAUCUUUAAUAUCUGCUUUCACCACUUCGGAGAUGAAGAUGCUGCGGGCAUUCUGAAGAAUAACAUCGAGUCUGCCGACGCAUUUAUAAUAUUUGAAAUUACAGCACGCGAUGUUUGGACGUGCCUGUGUUCGCCGUUGGUCUUUUUCUGGGCUUUCCAUGUAACCCUUUUCUGGUUUUGGAACUCGCCCGUCCAUCUUCUCUUCACAUUUAUCUUCCCUAUAGCGCCACUGACAAUCUGGCUUGAUGGGUUCAUCUCCUGUCUGCGCACUCGCACCACGCAGGAAGUCCGGGCAUUGCUGGAUCAGCCGGAGCUUGACCUCUCCAAGUGGACCUUCCACAGCGGUCAGAAAACUGUUCAAUUUCCGUUUAUCACUUUGUAUUACUAUAUUGGUGUGAAGUCUGAAUAGUGUGAGUGUGAGCUCUUUCAAAUAUUUGAACAGCAAAAGGAUAAUCCUCCCAAAAUUUGAGGCAUUGUACUGAAGGUUUGGUGGUUUCUCAAAAGUACAAGGGCAUCAUGUAUAUACCAAUGAUCUUGGCUGUUAUCGUGCUCUCGCUGCUCACCGGCGUGGUGAUCACCGUCUGUGAACACUACGUGCUAUUCUUAUCUUUCUCUGCUAUCUUUUCUGCAGUUGGUGCGGGCUUAUUGACAACGUUACAAGUUCACUCCAAGCCAAACGAGUGGAUCGGCUACCAGGUCGUCUAGAGUGUCGGCAUCGGGGCUGGAUUCCAACUUGCAGUAAUCGCAUGUCAAGUUGUACUCGAUGAGGCCGAUCCUCCACUGGGCAUGGCAUUGAUCGUUUUCUUCCGGUCUUUUGGAGGCGCCAUAUUUACUUCCGUCAGCGAAAGCAUCUUCCUUAACGGUCUUGUGAGUGGGCUUCACAGGAUCGCUCCCACUUUCGAUGCUUCUG